GUGUUUUCAAACAGCAAUUAUGAUUAUAAUUGAAUUUAUGUAUUAAAUGCGUUGUUUAUGUAUUAAAUACGUUGUAUUUACAUGGGUGUGAUGGUUUAUGUAAUAGAUAUUUCAGGCUGGGAUUUUUACGCCUGUGGUAUGCGAAUUUCCAGCCAAUGAUUAGCGGGCUAGUAUCACGUGGCCAGCUAAGCGGACCACUUGUAUUUUUAUUCCCGCGCUGUCCACAGUAAUUUUGGAACCACGUAUAUUUUGAAGAUAUUUCCUAAAGAAAUCCAAGAGAUUUGCAAUUUGUAAGUUUCGUUGCUUGAAAAUAAUUGUAUUAUUUUGUGGGUGUUUAGUCUGGGAGUGCGAGGGUACCGUUUAAGCUCCCAUACAAAGAGUUCUUUUUUUUUUCGGUGUGACGCUGUUAAGUAUGGCUCCUGGACUUAAUGUGUGUAUAAUUGGACAUUCCUAUAUUCGCAGAUUGAAGGAAUAUUGUUCUAAUAAAGGUAUAAUUAAUUUGAGGUUGGAUGACAGUUUUAAUGUGACUCUCCGUGGAAAAGGAGGUCUUCGUUUACGCCGUCUUAAUGAAUCUGCAGGACUCGGUGAUAGAAGGGAACUUUUUCAUUUUGUUUCGCCGCCAGAUAUUAUAUUCUUGCAGGUUGGGGAAAAUGAUAUAUGUGAUUUGACUUCUUGUGAAAAGUUAGCUGGUGACCUCAUAUCUGUGGCAGCAUAUUUGCGGGAUGGUGUUGGUGCUAAAAUAGUGAUAAUUGGACAGUUGAUAAGACGAUUGCCUUUCGCAGCCUGCAAUGGCUUCAAUGACAAGGUAGUAAAAACAAAUAUACAAUUGGAGAUCAGGACCCAUUCUUUGCCGGGAAUCCAUUUUUGGCGUCACAGAGGUUUCUGGCAUGACCUAAACUAUCUUGGUCCUGAUGGUGUACAUCUGUGCUGCACCCCCUCGCACGACCAGCCUAUGCGGAAGUUCCUUCGAAGUAUAAGGAAUGCAGUUAUUCAAUCGCCAAGCUUAUUAAGGCCAGUAUAACUUUUUGUCUCAUUCUACAUGAAUUGCAUACUGGAGUGCUUAUGCUUGUGGUAGGCUACCAAGUUUUAAGGUCAUAAGAUAGAAUUAAUUGCUCUGUCAGUCAGUGCUGUUUGUUAAAGGCUAGUUGAUGUCUUGAUGGCUGUUUGCUGUUAGGCAAUUAAAUCAAUGUUCGAAAUAUUUAGAAUCAUGCAUGCAUGUUUGGUGAACUUGUUACUGACGAGACAUACUCAGGACCAGGUGGCUCAUAAUGACAAUGGUUUCGUCUUAUGAAGCAGUUAUUUAUCUGGGCAUUGUUUCGCAUUAUCU